AUGGUCGACUGCGGCGCCACAACACACAUGAUCAACGACGCCACAAAGUUCAAAACAGUUGACAAGAGCUUCAGACCCGAGGACCACAGGAUCGAGCUCGCUGACGGAUCCAAGGUGAGUGGGAUGGCGAAGAUGAGGGGAGACACCGAAGUCUACUUGCUGGACAGCGAGGGACGACAGGUGAAAACGAGGCUCAAGCAAGCACUCUACAUCCCAUUGUUUCCACAAAACAUAUUUUCAGUCAAAGCAGCGACAGCCAACGGAGCUGAGGUCCGCUUCAAGGACGGUAAUGACUUGCUGGUCCACAAGGAUGGGUUCCGCCGGAACGCUGACACAGCGGCGCCAGCAAAAGGCGGCGAAGACUGCAGCACGGAGGCAACAGCGGUAACCGGUGUGGUCUGCGGCACGGAGGCGGCAGCUGGAACUGGUGUGUUCUGCGGCACGGAGACGGCAGCUGGAACCGGUGUGGUCUGCGGCACGGAGACGGCAGCUGGAACCUCACGCUGCCGCGGCCCAGAAGCGGCAGCUGGACAACAAGCUGAAGAGCUGCAGCUGCGGGAUGAGCUGAGUGGCUUCAGGUGCGAGCCGGAGCACGCCGGCUUGUCCCCGCCUCCAAAGGCGUACGACCGAGAGGGACGCUCGGUGCGAAACUCUCGGUGGACGACGACGACUACCGCCGCCGCCGCCGCCUCCCCGGGAGGAGCAGGAGGAGAGCCCACGGUGUACGCCAGGUCCCACGCCCGCGACAUAGCCUCGACGUUCCGCAUGUUGGUCUCGCCGGCCGUCGAAACGAUCGUCCUGGAGAUGAUCAAUCUGGAGGGCUCGCGAAAAUACGGCGACGACUGGAAAAGGAUGGACAUGACCGACCUGCGGGCCUACGUCGGGCUGCUGAUCUUAGCGGCAGUGUACAGGUCCCGUGGCAAGGCCGCGGCUAGCCUGUGGGACGCCGAGAGCGGCAGGGCGAUUUUCCGCGCCACGAUGCCGCUCAAACGCUUUCACACGUACUCCAGACUGCUGCGCUUCAACGACCGCGAGACCAGGGCCGAGAGACGCGCGACCGACAAACUGGCCGCCGUGAGAGAGGUGUGGGACACGUGGGCCGAGCGGCUGCCGCUCCUUUACAACCCGGGGCCCGAAGUGACGGUGGACGAGCAACUGGUUCCCUUCAGAGGUCGGUGUCCUUUCCGGCCGUACAUGCCCAGCAAGCCGGCGAAAUACGGCAUCAAGUCGUGGGUGGCCUGCGACGCCAGAUCCAGCUAUGCUUGGAAGAUGCAAGUUUACACCGGAAAGCCGAGUGGCGGCGGCGGCGGCGGACGCUCUGAGAAGAACCUGGGGACGAGGGUCGUGCUCGACGUGACCGAGGGACUGAGGGGGCGCAACGUCACGUGCGACAAUUUCUUCACCUCCUACGAACUCGCGAGGCUGCUCCUGCUCAGGGACAACACCGUGGUGGGCACGGUUCGAAAGAACAGGCGAGAGAUCCCCCCCGUGCUGCUCUUGUCCAAGCGGAGAGACGUCUUCUUGUCAAAGUUUGCCUUCACACCCACUGUCACGCUUGUCUCCUACCUUGCCAAGAAGAGCAAGAACGUGCUGUUCCUGAGCACGCCAGGCGAUGUCAGUGAUCGCGCCGACGGCAAGCCCAUAAUCAUCCGGGACUACAACCGCAACAAAGGCGGCGUGGACAACCUCGACAAGGUGACCGGGACGUACAGCUGCCGAAGGAUGACGGCUCGCUGGCCCCUUGUCGUUUUCCACAACAUCCUCGACGUGUCCGCCUACAACGCCUUUGUGAUAUGGCGAGAGGUCAACCCCGACUGGAUGCCCGGCAAGCGGAACAAGAUGAGGGCAUUUCUCGAGCGGCUGGGAAAAGCCCUCGUGGCUCCGUUCGUGGAGAGACGGAAUCGUCUGCCCCCGUCGUGA